AUGACAGAUCCAGCCAUAUAUAAUAUCACGUGGCAUUCGACAUGCAACAAAACCUUCAAAAUUACUACUUGUCCACCAUAUACUAUGGGAAGGUCAGCUAAAUUCUUCCGGUUAGGACAAACCAAAAAUGAACGAGACCGCAUCAAAAUAUCAAAAAAUACUAAAAUAGAAAAACCAACAUCAGAAACCCAAAAAAAAGUCACUGACAUCAAGACAGCAGUUGAUGCUGCUCUAUCCAACAGCUUGUCAGUAAACGACAUUGUCAUGCAACCCGCUUCAUCCACCAAAUCGCAUACCAACUUGUCACAAUCUGUACAAUCCAAUCCACAAACUCCCGUACUGGACAAACGAGGUGUGCCAGUCAAGAGUAAAGUGCUCGACAAAGACUAUGUGUCAAUGAUGAAUAGCAGAAGGCUACAACAGCCAAAAAAAGCAACCAAACAAUAA